AUGGAGGAGAAGUUCCAUGGCAUGCUACAGGCCCUGAGGGCCACACUCCAGGCAGAUAUUUGGGGUAUCACUGCAGACCUGCAUGAAGAAAGAUGUGGACUAUCUAGAAGGCCGCAUGAAGGAGCUCACAAAGAGUUGAUUGACCAACUUUUCAUGCUAGAGACAGAUCAGGAUAAACUUCCUUUCAAGGAAACAGAUAUGGAAG